CCCAUGACUGUGGACGCACCCAACCCAGCGUUCGAAGCCAAGCCCAUAACUCCACCCACGGACGCGACCACGCCUACACCAGCCCCUCUAAUAUCUCUGACUGAGUUCAUACACACAUGAAACAUCUUGAGAUCAUCAGACGCAUUGGACUUUAUAUUUCUCCUGGUAUUUUUUGACUCUGAGAAAGCAUGACAUCAAACUCAAACCUGAGCAGCAUGAGACGAACUGUCGAACAGCUGAGACUUGAAGCCAGCGUGGAGAGAGUCAAAGUUUCUCAGGCCGCGGCUGAUCUGCAACAAUAUUGUCUCCAGAACGCCAGUAAAGAUGCUCUUCUGGUGGGGCUGCCGGCUGGUAGUAACCCGUUCAGAGAACCACGCUCAUGUGCUGUCCUCUAGACUGAAGGAGAGAGGAGAUCAAUGAAGGAAGCACUCAUAUUUUGAACGCAUCGUGGGAUGUUUUGUGCCUGAGAAGAAUGUCGUCUAUGAAGAUGGAUGCCUUAUAUUUAAUAUAUUUCUGUUGUAUUUGUUGUGCCACACGUAUGUAACUAAUAUAUGUUUAUCAUUCAGCGUUUGGUUUGUAUGUGACAGAAUGGUAUGAAACUUUGAUUCACAGAAUGAGUUGAUUUUUGUAAGAAUCAGAAGAUACUCUUUAAUUAUAUAUAAUGUUAACUGCUGUCCAAGCGUCAAAAAAUUAAAAGGCAAUAAAAAAUAUUGGACGAAAAAAAGGUCUUUGUCCCUGUGAACCGUAAGUUGCGAUCGUUUUUACUUCUGUAUUUUGGCGCAUUUCAGAGUGAAAUGGAAUAGAGGCAUUGAUGUCACUUUCCCAUGUGAACACGCCGGGACACGCUCCCUUGAGUGGUAAAACUAAGGCAAAAUGGCUGCAUUCAAUAGAAGGAACAAAAACCGAGACUAAAACACUCAAUUAUUUGCUGAAACUACAAGCAGCUGGACUCGACGGUGAUCCUUACGACUACCUUAUGACUUACAAAGGAAUCAGGUGUUCUUAGACAUUCAAAUGUUGCGCGGAAUUGCAUUUCCUGAUAUUUUAACCAUUCAUUUUGCCCAGUGUUUUACCACUCAAGCAGGCGCGGCAUGCUCACGUGGGAAAGUGACGACACGUGCAUACCCUCUAUUUCAAAUGAGAAAAAUAGUGGGCGUGGCAGCAGACUGACAGUUGAAGGGGAGGAGCUAAUGGAUGCUCCGCCCAAGCUGUCUAACAUACUGUACGUCAUUUAAGAUGGAUAUAGUCACUACAGGACGGAAGUGCAUUUUCAGAUUUUAACUGAAGAUAUGAGGGCACAUUCAUUUCAAAAAGAGAAUGACCCACAUUGAUAAACUAUUUACAAUAAACGCUGCAAUUUUUCAUGAAAAAAUUGGCAUUGUCAUUUUAAAAUUUCACUGGGACUUUAAUAGCCGUUACUGGUUUUGAUCUUAGUGACAUCAGUUGAAUAAAAAUGUAAUUUCAGAGGUAACGCAAACAUUAACAUUUUGUGAUAUUACAAAGAUCAUUCUUUAAAAUUGAGUUAGACCAGGAAUGUGUUUAAAACAUUGCAUCACCCUCUCGAUAAAUGUGAAGUCUGAAAUCAAAUGGGUGUUCUGUAAAAACCUGUGUUCAAGUGAAAUAAAGAGUCUGAGCUUCCUCUG